UCAUAACAGCUAACGACCAACAACCUCCCAACCCACGUUCCCCCCUUCCAUUACAAGAACCUCCCCCACCGCCCUCCGCCUCUGUCCACCACCGAAAGACAAACGCCAGAGAAGAGAACUCAGAGAAAUGGCUCGUUGCCGCCGCCACCCAAUACCGACGUCGGUGCUCGCAGCGACCGUGAUCGCCGUGGCCCUCACGAGCAUCCUCGGGAGCAGCCUCGUGUCGGCGGCAGAUUCGACGAUGAGCUGCAUCAACAGGCUGGUGCCAUGCUACCAGUACCUGAACUCGACCGCGAAGCCGCCGGCGAGCUGCUGCAACCCGCUCAAGGCGGACGUGGCGGCGACCAUCCACUGCCUCUGCAACAUGUACGGCACCCCGGGCAUGCUCCAAAAGUACAACAUCAACGUCACGCAGGUCCUCCGGAUCGGCCAGGGAUGCGGCAUCAAUUCCACCACCAGCGUCUGCAAAGAGAGCGCUCAGUCCCCAGCAUCUCCAGGCGCAACGAAUAUCAACAGCAACAGCGGCGCAAACAGAGUCUGGACAGGGAUUUCCUGGUUCCUCUUGUUGAUUUGGGCAUCGACGAUGCUUUAUUGAGACAUGCCGGAAGUAGGAAAUGACCGAGUUCGUUGGGCAUUUUAGUUCCCGGGAGCAUCACACAGAUUUUCCAAUCGGUCUCUUUGUCGCCCUUUGCUCAAACAUUGACUGUUUCAAUUAGUGUCGAUGAUGCUUUCUAAUUUAUUGAGACAUGCCGAAAGUUAGGAUAUGACUGAAUAAAUUGAUAUAUUCCGAUUUAUUGAUGUAUUUUAAGAUAGGAUAUUAUGACAUGUUUUAUUAUUGGGUUUUCUCGUUUUA